AUGGACACCCUAACCCGAUGCCUUAAGCAGCGCCUCCACCGCCCACCACGUUUUUCAUCAUCUUCAUCUAGGAGUUGUUCUGUUGCUCAUCGGUUCCACAUGGCUUCCCAGAAUAAGUCGUUGAGAACACGUAUUGUUCUAGUGAUAGUCUUCCAUCUCCAAAUGACCUACAAAUCUGCAACCAAAAACAUUACAACAUCAAAACACGCUAUUUCUGCUCCUGUUUUAUCUGUUGUUGGUGAACGCUAUUACAAAGUUACUGCAAAGGCAUUAAGAGUAUGCGGGGAACUUAUUCGAGCAAACAUUGAGGUUUCUAAUUUGGAUUUCAAACCUUAUGUCCAUCCAAUAUAUAAUGCCAUCUUGUCACGAUUGACAAACCGAGAUCAAGACCAGGCUUUUGUAGUUAUAGCUACAUCUCCACUGUACCUAGACCUUUCAUGUGUCCUAGAACAUGUUAUUAUGGAGUUAACUGCAAGAGAUGAAUGGCUGCGACAGGGGUUAGCAAAGCUCCUUAUUUCUUCUCUACCAGAGAGGUAUUUGCAGCCACUUGUUGAUACCCCUGGAGACGUAUUCCAACUGAGGAAGCUUCUUCCUACAUCUCUGCCUUACAACAUCAACGUUCAUAUCAUGGACUUCCAACCUGGAAAAUUUCUUGAUGUAAAAGAAGUCCAUUAUAAUCAACAUGGUUUGUUACUUCUAGAAGGACAAGGCAUAUAUUGUCUGGGUGAUAGCUGUGACACUGUUACCUUUAGGUUUACCAAUCCAAUCUACAUGUCACAUUCCCUAGUAACUGAUUCACUAGGAUCCAUCAAAGGCUCUAUCUUUCUGCUGAAGAGAACCGUCCCUUUUGAUUACUGA